ACUGAAUGUGCCUCUCUGCACAAAAUGUUUAGCCGACGAAACUUUUAAAACAUGUUCCAGAACUACGUAACUGGGCCAACGUUAAAGUUUCAGGCACAGGACUCCUAUUUCAGCCUACCGCCCCUAUUCCCACCCCUCCUCAACCUGGGCCACAAACGCCACCGUCACUUUUCCAGCUCCCACAGCCCCCUCGGCCUCCGUAGACACGUGGUGACGUCACGCUGGUCGUGACGUUGCUGGUUUCCCUGGUGACGGUUGCUGGGGCAGCGCGUGCCGCCGUGGGGAAGAGGAGACCGAGCUGCUCCGGCUUUGCAAGGCUAGAUGGCAGCAGAUGAAGGCACACAGGACACCUUACGCCUCCAGUUCAAGGCCAUGCAGGAGAUGCAGCACAAAAGGUUACAAAAGCAGAUGGAGAAACAGAAGGAAAAGGAAUUGAGCCUCGAAAUCAAAGUCGAUGACCAAAAAGAGUCCUUCAAGAUCUCCGAUGGCCUCAACCUUCUCCAAGCUGGGGAGCAAAACUCAAAAAACAGCUUUGAGCAGAGGAUGCUUGAAGAUGAGUUUGCACACCUUCGAGAGCAGCUCAGGGAGACGGUGGAUGAAAAUGGGCGAUUGUACAAGCUGCUGAAGGAAAGGGACUUUGAAAUCAAACAUCUCAAAAAGAAAAUAGAAGAGGACAGAUUUGCCUUCACAGGAACAGCCGGUGUGGCCGGGGAUGCGAUUGCCACCAAGAUUGUGGAGCUGUCCAAAAAGAACCGGGUGCUGACAGCAGAGUCGGAGGGGGCAAAAACCAGAGUGAAGCAGCUGGGCAAUCGUGUCCGGGAGCUGGAGCAGGAACUGCAGGCAGCCCUGGCCAAACUACCAGCCACAGCAGCCACCGAUGGGGGAGCCAAGGCGUCGAGGGCUCAGAUGGGCGACAGAGCCUUGCCAGAGACCCCAGAGGUGAAGGCCUUGCAGGACAGGCUGGCGGCCACAAAUCUGAAGAUGAGUGACCUCCGCAACCAGAUCCAGUCCGUGAAGCAGGAGCUCCGGAUGGCCCAGAAGGUUUUGACCAGCGAGGUCGGCGAAGACGUGAAUGUUCAGCAGCUCCUGUCCUCCCCGGGGACCUGGAGGGGCCGGGCUCAACAGAUUCUCGUGCUGCAAAGCAAGGUUCGUGAGCUGGAGAAGCAGUUGGGACAGACCCGGAGCCAGUCUGCAGGAACACCCCGUGAUGAGCUGCCUGUCUAUCCAGACCCAAGGAAACUGUCAGCACAGGAGAAAAACCUGCUGAGGAUCCGCAGCCUGGAAAGGGAAAAACAGGAGGGCUGGGAGAAACUUGUGGCUGAGCGGAAUGCUCUCCAGAAAGAGCUUGAAGAACUGAAGAAGAAGUUGGAGGGCGUCAGGUCCCGGAAUAAGGUGCUAUCCAGUGAAGUGAAGACCCUCAGGAGUCAGAUGGGGACCCUGGUGGAGAAGGGCCGGCAUGAUGAUGAGCUCAUCGAUGCCCUCUUGGACCAGCUCAAGCAGCUCCAGGAGAUUCUGGGUAGCCUGAGCCUGCAGGAGGAGAAGACCCGGGCGUCGCAGCGCCACCUGGACCAGCGGGUCAACAGUGAGGUUCAGCAGAGCAGCAGCCUCAUCACCCAGCUACGGGCCAUGGUGGCAGAGCGGGAGGCCAAGGUGCAGCAGCUGGAGGUGGAGAUCGGCCAACUCAGUGUGCAGUAUCUUCAGAAUAAAGGAGUGGGCAAGGGGUCUGGAGGGACCGAGGUCAACACCGCCUACACCAAGUUCCUGGAGGACCCGGGCCAGACCAAGUCCCCGGCCUCAGCAGGCGAUCACAUUGUCAGGCUUGGAUCUUCUCGCUCCGUGACCAGUCUGGGCCACACGCUGGUGGAAUCUGCUCUCACGUGGCCUUCUCUGUCCAGUCCUCAUGGGGCCUCACCCAGGUUCUCGGACUCCCCGGAACAAAAAGGCUGGCAGACACAGGUGACAGAGUUCAAGGCCCUCUGGCAGGCUGCUCAAGUGGAGCGUGACCGGCUCACCGAGUUUGUCAGUGUCCUGCAGAAACGGGUGGAGGAGAGCAACAGCAAGCUUCUGGAAUCUGAGAAGAAGCUGCAGGAGGAGCGGCACCGCAGCGUGGUGCUAGAGCAACAUCUCGAGAAGAUGCGCCUGGAGCCUGGGAGGACGUCGGUCAGCCAGAGAGCAGCCCCCAGGAGCAAAACAGGUCUGCCCACCUCCAACACCAGGCUCAACCAGAACGGGAGUGAAAGGAAGGACCCAUCCUUCACCCAGCUCUCCAAUGUGCCCAUGGAAGCUCAGAUGGAGGAGCUGACCACCAGGCUGGCCAUCCAGGUGGAAGAGAAUGAAAUGCUGAAGACUGCCCUGGGCAGUGCCCUGCGUGGAAAGGAGGAGGAUUUCCGAAUGUACCACGAGACCCUGGGCCAGGUGAAAGGGGUCUUUCUGCAGGCCCUGCGGCAGCAGAAGGCGGACACUACCAGGAUGGUGGCCCGGGGUCAGCCUGGCGGGACGGGGCAGCCUUAGGCCCGGAGAGGCCUCCACCGCUCCCGGAAGCCAACCUGGGCCAACCAGCUGAGCCCCUUCUCCUGGAAGAGGUUCCCCAAGGGUGGCCAAAGCCAACACGUCAGACCUGGAGGGCAAAGGAGAGGCCCAAGCAGAGCCCCGGAGGUGAACCCUGAAACUGGACAGGCCGGACAAUGGCAGUGGAGGAGGUCCAGCAGCCCUCUCAGCGCCAGCAAGAGAUUGGGAUGGCCAGCCAGCUGUGGAAAGACAGAGGCAGCCCCUGAGGCAGGUGCUCAUCGCCCUUGGCCCCAGCCCCAGCUGGGAGGCCCUGCAGUCCCACAGGACUCCAUCCGCACGGGACAGUCUGAGGGCUCCAACUGCGAACCUCCCCCAGCCUCACCCCUCCACCUUCCUAGGCCAUUACCCCCACACUCCCCCAGCUACCCCUCCAUGGCUCCAUCUGUGGCCACCCUGACCUUUGAAGCCUUGGCGGCACAUGCUCCCCACCACUUUGUCAGCCCACUCUUCAGGGCUCUUCCUCAGCUGCAGACCUUCGGACUGGUAAUAAUAAUGACUAUUUUCACAGUCGUCACAGGUCCCCAGUGAGUGAGCAUCUGCUGUGGAAACCUGACCCCGUCUAGUCUUCUAGUGACCCAGGGAUUUGUCACUCUCUUUUGCUGAUGAAGAAACGGAGGCUUUUAGAAAGGAGUUGGGCUAACAUUUAACCCUGGGUGGGGGGGCUGACUACAAAAGCAGGGUCUUCCAAGUUGAGCGAUUCGCUUCCCCCCAGCCGGCUGCUCCAGGAGUCCUCCAUUUGCUCCCACAGGCUGCAGCUAGUGGGCGCUGGUGAGGGGCGGGGAGCGCUGGGCAGGAGCUUCAGGCAGGGAAGGGAGGUUCUGAGGCAGUGAGUCCAGUCCAAGGCACAGUGUUCCUCUUUCAUGGCCAAUUAGGGGUGAGCCCCCAAUGUCCCUCUGUCACAGCGUCAUCCCCCCACCUCACUACACUCACAGCCCUGGGGAAGGGUGGCCCUAAGGAAAGUCACCCACAGCCGUACAGACCAACCAGACCUCUUAACCACACGUGAGUACACAGAGGUCCCCACAAAGCUGCAGGUGCACAGAAAUACCUAGACCCAGGAGCACCCAGCAGCAUGGUGCAUACACGCGCCCCCAGACCAUGUCAGCUCCAAACUCACAGGCCUGCCACAUGGGCACGUGCUCACACCCCAGCACAUGAAGACCAGUCACUUGCAUGGUGACUCACAGGUGCGGGCAUGCGGGCCAUACAGAGACCUCCCGGAGGGAAGCCCUCUGGGGCUCCUGGGAACUCUCUGCUCAGGCCCUUCCUCAGGGGUGGGGCUGUGCAGGUACUGUGCGCUGCCCACCCCCCAGCUAGGACACCCCUAACCCCAUCUGGAGUGGCACAGGUCUAGAGGUACCCUGGCAAGUACAAUGAAGGCCAUCAGGGUGAAGCCACAAUGCUGAUGGGGUCCUAAGUGUCCCAGGAAAGGAAGAGUUUAUCUCUGAUUCCUUGUGAAAGGAGCUGGCCAGAUAGAGCCAGAGGAUUGAGAGGCCCUGUGUGGGAAGGGACAGUGUGUGACGGUGAGGAGUGGCCUAAAGCAGAGUUAGGGCACCAGACCGAAUAGACAGUGCCUUCCCCUGCAGGCGUGGGGAAGCCCCCGCAGGGGGAUCUGAGUGUGGGCGGUGCAUGCUCCAGCCCUCAGUGGGGUCCCUGGGAGGGAUAAACAGGCAGAGGACCAGCUGUCCUUCCUCAGGGAUGGGCAGAGGCAGGGAUCUCCUCAGGGAGCGCCAGGAUGGCAUCACACACAUCCUAACCACUGGAGGGUCGUUUGGCUGCCCUUCCUGGCUCAGGGGGGCAUCUGAGAGAGAAAAGGGCAUCAAGUAACAGGGUCUGAAUAGGUGGGGGUGCCUGGGGCACAUCUCUUUCCCCAUUCAUCAGCUUCAUGACCUUGGGCGUGUUACUUAACCUCUCCAAGCCCCCAUGUCUUCAUCUGUAAAAUGCGGACAGGAAUAGAAGCCUCCUUAAAGGGCUGCUGUUCUAUGUGUCAGGCACGGCGGUGUCGGCCACCGUCUACUCAGCUGGCCGGCCAUCAGGCAGUGAGUGCCACUGGCACACCAGCCUCUUCAGGCCUGUGAGGGGCCCAGAGGUCAAUCUGACUUGCUGUUUUCAGGGAGCUCCUGGUCAAGUCAGAUGGCAUAAGAAGUAGGACCACGAGGAAGCAGGAGGUUAUGGGAUGCAGAGAUGGAAUGCAGCCCCUCAGAGCCUCUCACCACCUGUGCUAAGGCUUCCAGGCUCAUCACCCAGAUUUGGAUGGAGCAGGGGCUGUUUGUAUUUCCCUGAGGGGUUGGGGCUCGGGUGUGGAAGGGGAAGGCCCAGGAGAGCCAGGGAGCAGAGCUUUCUAAGGCAGGGAGGGGUUGUCAGAGGGACUAAGGACUGGGGCCCUGAGGAUCUGGAUGCAAGUGGGCCAGGCAUAGAGUGGGGCAACCUGGUCUGUCCAGCUUAGUGCCCAUGGUCCCUCCCAAGCCGCACCACCUGUCCCUGGGACCCUUCCCUCGGGCGGCUGGGCAGUGGGUGGACAGCAGUUGGGCUGGACUUGUCUUUCACAGUUGAGAACACUGAGGUCUGUGCCCAGAGCCAAAGGUCAGAGCAGGAGGAGGAGGAGAGGUGCUUGGAGAGCCGAGGGGCAAGGACAAGUAAAAGGGCUGGGCUGGGGAGAGGCGUCACGUGAGGACUCUCCCUGGCUGCACCUCAGGCAGGUGCGGGAGGCCUGGGUGCUCAGGUUCCUCCACUGACAGGUGAGACCUGGUGGAGCUGUGGGUGUGGCUUGGCCACCAUCCCCACGAAGGCCUCUGGGGCACCACCACGGAGCUGGACAAGGUCACAGCCUGGCUUAGGCUGAUUCAAGCUCCAAAUACAUUCCAUUGUCAUGGGACCCCUCCCUGCUUUCAGCAGCUCAAGGCAGGAUGGCCUGCAGUGGGGGUCCUCUUCUGAGCCUGCAUAUGCAGUGCCAGGAACCAGCCUCCCCUCUCCCUCUGCACCGCCAGCGCCAGCGAGCCCACAGUCACCCCACCCAUUCUCCACAGGCACUGCCUGCAGUCCCCAAGCCUUGCAUAUACCCACUACUCUCCAUGCAUUUUUACUUCGAGCAACAACACACCGAGAAAUGAAAAGAGACGCUGAGACCUGAGAGAAUUGCCCUACCCCUGCCCAUUACAGCUCUCCCAGGGGCCCUGGCUGCCUUCGAGAUGCUGACUCAGGCCCUUGUGCUGGUCUAAGCCCAGUCUGCUUCCUCCCCUUGUUCUGUGGGCUGAUCACGCCAGGCACCCUUCUUUGCCACUACCCUCAUACAGGAUGGAGCUGGCCUUGGACUGUCCAGCGCCAGGUCUAAGAGACCUCCCGAGCCCUCUAUCCAGCCUGCCAUCCCCAAAUGCCAGGCUCCCUGCAGACGCCACUGUGCACAGCUCCUGCUAUGUGAGCCCUGCUUCUCUGGGUUUCUUGGGUGAGACCUCUGUGGCUUUCUUUAUGAGCAAUUCAGUGAGCCAUGCCCUUCAUGGAGUGAGUCAUGGAAUCCCCCCAAAAGCCCAAUAAGGUCAGAGCAGGCCCAUUUACAAAUGAAGAUCUGAGGCUCUGAGAAGCAGAUCCCACCAGCGAGGCAGAUCUGGGACUCAGGAACAAGUCAGCUGGCUGAACCUGGCUCUUGACUGCAGAGCCAAACCCCCCAUCUGCUUCUCUGAGCCAUUCUCUUUGAGUCUCAUGGGCGUACCAACUAGACGGCUGGCCCAAGCUGGUCACAACGUGCACCCAGGGUGGAUGAGUGGGGUUCUUGCCUGCAGGGUUAUCAGCCCCAGAAGCUUACGGGGCUGAACUCCUUGUUCAUCAGCAUCCUUUUCUAUCAAAUGGGGGAAAUGGAAACACCUUCCCUAGGGGUUGUGGUGUUAUUAAAAAGAGUAAGUCCAUGUAAAGCCUUAGAACCAUGUCCAGCUACUGUGAUUAACUUACUGCCCUUCUAACAACCAUUGACUCUACCUUGGGACUCUGCUCAGCUUCACCCCGAUGCCCACCCCUAUCCAGAAAGCCCUCCCUAACCCCUGUAUUCUGGCUGAGGCAUCCAUCCCUGAUGCUGGCCAACUCGAGUGCCCAUGAUCCCAACUGCCGCUCUCACCCAGCCUCUAUACUGUGCGGUAAUCUUGGUGUACACUUCUUGGGGGUGGGCACCAGUGAUGAAGGCCUCCAUGUUGUUCUGUUGCGUUGUUCUGAUGCUGAGGUCUCCUUGCUUCUUCCUCUGGGCCAAAGUGUCUGCUAGGGAGGAAGCUCAUUGCCUAAGGGCAUUGUGGGAGGGUAGGGGACUCUCCCCUUCUCAGAUCUUGGUCAGGCUCUGGAAGUUCCCUUAUUAGCGGGUGGAGGAGGGUCGCAGGGCACAACACCUUCUUUCCCCAUCCUCUGCUGAGCCCAUGGCUGGAGUCCAGGGAUCAGCAGGAGUUCCAGGACCUGUCCUGUGACUUGUUACAGUCACACAGCUCCUUCAAACCCCCAGACCCCAGGUCCCGCUCACUGCACAUGCCUGAAUUGGCCCCCACAGAGAAGGCACAAGGACACCCAGCUCCCCUAGACUCUGGGGUCCUCUUCCUAAAGGGAAACUGUCAGGUGUUCCUGUCCUCUUGGCAGGUUCUUUAGGAUACUUUUACCCAUUGGGAAGGAGGGGCUGAGGCCUUGGGUGCCCCUUGCAUGAAUGAGGGACAUGUCCUGCUGUCCCCAGAGGGCUUCUGGUUGGUUAGGGACAUUCAAGAGAUUCCAGUCACUCCAAGAACCUAUUUAAGCCUUGCCAGGUGACCCUGCUAGCACCUCGCCACCUGGACAACUGCCUGUGGGACUGGGCUGGGGUAUGGGACCCCCUCCACCACGUGUCUCAUGCCAGUUCCAAUCCUACCAGUCAAGCCAGUCCUCCCCCAGACAUUAGCACCUGGGCAGCAAGGAUUCUUGAUAUAGUGAAAUGAACCAGGACAGGGGACUGGAUGGAUCUGCCCUGGGACAGCCCUUGGGAGUUCCCAUGUAAAGAUGUGGGCUAGAGUAUGGAGCUGAGCAUGCAGUGUGCAUGUGUGUGCAUGCGAUGGGGGCAGGGCUCACAAGAGGCCAGUGCGGGUUUCCCAGAAGACUUCCCGGAAGAGGGGAGUUCUGGUCAGCAGGGAGAGGAAGGCAC